CAACGUCGAAGCAUCUUAUACCGUUCGUCCUCGUGGGCAUUCCAAGCGGGAAUUCUCGAAAGCCAGUUGUGCGGUAGAAACACGCGUCGCGGCCUGCCGCUCGCCGGUACUUUCGACUGCUCGUAAAACCGCCGUUUUCUCGCUUUGUGCCGUUUUCGUGUGCGCCGAAUUUACCUGCCAACGGGCCACCGACCAAUACCAAACUACCUGGACUGUUUCACCUCGACCUCUGCGGGUCUUACGGUCGAAUCCAGAUUGAAUAUUGCCCCCGGCAGGAUGGACGCUGAGACCGGGGCCAUUUUGGCGCUACAAAUAUUGGCUCUCUGUUCGAUAGUCGCCGCCCUGUUGGCCUAUCUAAUGCGGCAAUCGAGAAAUGCCAGCGACGAGUACGAGACCCGCAACAAACGACACGUUCUCGUAACUAGCUGCGAUACCUGCGUAGGCUUGCAGAUCGCCCUUGCACUCUACGAAGUUGGUUACAAGGUGUUCGUGGGACUGUUGGAUCCCUCCGGGAACUCUCCGACGGUGAAAAUCUUGAGGGCGAUAGAGCAGCAGAAAGAAAGGGAGGAGGAGGAUCCAACGGAUACGAGUCACGGGAACCCGCAGGAGCCGGAAGUACGUGCUCGCGGCAAAAUCGUGCCAUUGGAGCUGGACUCAACUAGGGAGGACAGUUUACGCGCUUGUUUGGACGCAGUUAGGGCGAAACUUCCGGCUGGCGAAGACGGUCUCUGGGCAGUCGUGCACACCGGAGGCUUGGCUCUGCCCGGUGUUAUAGAGAGACAACCGAGUUCUGCGUGGGAAUCUAUGUUGCGACACAAUUUGGUCGCGCCGCUUAGAACCGCCAGAAUGUUCAUUCCUCUUUUGCGUCCUAAAAGAGGACGCAUCGUUCUUUUGGGCGAUUCGACGACGAGCUACGGUACCAAAGCUGGAACGGGACUGGUGGCGUUCAGUGCUUCGAGGAAGGCCGUGGAAGGAGCUGCAGAGGCAUUAAAGAGUGAACUACAAUCCUCCGGAGUCGACGUCGUUCUUCUUAAACCACCGCCCGUGAAUCCUCUUAUUCUUUAUAGUUCACCCGUUCUCAAGACAUCUGAUGUGGAGACUGGAAUAGUAUCUUCAGAGGGUACGUGGACCGCACCUCUGUCCACUCACGCUAUUCAGAACUCGUUAGUCCCGGCACUCACGUCACCCUGCCCACGAGUCUCUUACGACAUGGCCGCCAAGUCGAGAUUCUUCUGCAGAUGA